AUGCCGUGGCUCACCACAGCCUUCGCCCCUGGCCCUACCACCACAAGACCGCCACAAGCAACGACAGCCGACACCCCUGCCACCACUGUGACCACCAACACCGACACCACCAACGCUCCAACCACCGACACCCCGACACCAGCAAGCAAGCCCACCGUCAGCCUGACUGCCUCUGCCACCCCAAACACCGCCUCCAUCGACCAACACAAAUCUCCCGUCAAGACCCCCAAAAAGACCCAGCCCCCUACAAAGACGCAGACAAGGACCCUCCUCCCGCCUUCUAUAACACCCCUUCCCCCCCUCGAGGAAAGUAUGACCAAACUGUCCCAAAUCCCGAACUGGGCCGAGGAGGCGGAAAAUAACCCCAUAUGUGACAGCGACAGUGAAAGCGACAGUGAAAGCGACAGUAGUGGAAGACGACUGACGAUAGACACCGACCCUGAACAGGACAGACUAACGAAACCAAAAAAAUCAAACCUCCCCCUAAAACGACAGAACUCUCUCGACACAGUUACUCAAAAUAUAAACGACCAAAGAACAGAAAAGAAGAAAAAGAAAAAUCUUUCCAGCCGACGGACAAACCCCUCACCCAGACGACACUGA